AUGUAUCGUUCACAGAAAACUUCCAGGCUUGAGUCGAAGAUGGCGCCUCGACCUAGUCCCCUAUCUGCCUCAUUCUCAGACUCGGAAGGUGACCCCCCACAACGUCAGAAACGCGAAGAUAUUUCUCCGGAGCUCAUAAAAAGUCUCAAGCAAGCUUGUCAGAGCCUCGAGAGACACAUGAUUGAGGAAGAAGAGAAGAGAAUGUGGGCAGCGGUCACAGCAGGAAAUUCAAUUAACGCGACGAAGCGAUGGAGAGGAAGAAGUCCUGCAGGAAGCGAAAGCUCAGAGAAAAGAAGAAAACUUUGA